GACUGUGCACAAGGGUUGGCAGCUGAUAUAUACUUUCUAGUGGAUUCAUCCUGGAGUAUUGGAGAGGAGAACUUUGCACAUGUCAGACAUUUUCUUUACACUUUGACACAAGCACUACACCAAGCAGGAGGGGACAGGUUUAAAUUCGCCCUUGUGCAGUACACAAACAAGCCUCACAACGAGUUCCAGCUCAACAGCUACCCAACAGCACAGGGAGUCCUGGCUCACAUCAAGACUAUGUCAUACCGCGGUGGGGGAACAAGGACUGGCCUAGGCUUGGAUUUCCUUUUCCGCACACACUUGACCACUGCUGCAGGUAGCCGUGCAGCUGAAGGAGUGGCGCAGUUGGUGGUGGUGCUGACAGAUGGCCGCUCCCAGGAUGACGUGGCCGAGCCGGCUCAGGUGCUGCAGCUGGCGGGCGUGGAGGUGUUUGCAGUUGGAGUUCAGGAUGCGGUGGACUUUGAGCUCAGGGAGAUGGCUAGCCAGCCCCAUGACACUCAUGUGUUCAAUGUAGACACGUUCCUAAGGUUGCAGGAUAUAAUUCAAGAUUUAGUAGUGGGGCUUUGCGGCGCAGUGACCAGGUCAGGGGGGGCUCCUGUGGCAAAUGAGGCCCCUGUGACUGGAGGAGGGACAGCACAAGAUUCAGCUGACCUAGUUCUCUUAAUUGAUGGAUCAGAGAACACUGGAGCAGCAAACUUCCCCUUUGUGCGUGAUUUUGUUGUGAGAAUCAUUGAGGGCCUUGAUGUGGGCAGGGACACUGUUCGGGUGGCCUUGGCUGUGUACAACACCGACCCAGAGAUUAAGUUCUAUUUGAAUAGCUAUGACACAAAAUCAUCAGUCCUGGACGCUGUGAAGAGCCUCUCCUACUCAGGGGGUGAUGAGUCUAACCUGGGGGCUGCCUUGGAGGAAGUGGCUGAAAACCUUUUGGGCCCAGCAUCAGGGGGCAGGGCAGAGGAGGGCGUGCCACAGGUACUGGUGAUUAUCAGUGCUGGGCAGUCCACCGAUGAUACCGGUGCCGGUGACCGGGCCCUUAAGAGGGCUGGCGUUGUCACACUCAGCUUGGCCAUUGGUGACACUGCCACUGCAGAUUUGGAGGCCGUUUCUACAGAUAAAAGAUUUGUCCUGACAGCCCCCAGUUUCAGAGAAAUGUCAAGCUUGGGUGAUCUGCUGAACACUUACGUUAACGGGGUGGUCCAACGCACCAUUAUAGUUCAUACUGAGUUCACAGAAGUCUUGGCGGUUGGAAAAAGAGACAUAAUUUUCCUUAUUGACGGUACAAUGGGUGCAACAGUCCUCGGCAGUGUUCGUGACUUCAUCAUAAAAUUUGUCGAGAGAAUGCCGAUUGGUCCAGAUGAGGUUCAAGUGGGUGUGGUCACGUUCAGUAAUACCCCUCGAUUAGAGAUGGAUCUUAACACCCAUGGGUCCAAGGAGUCAUUACUUGGAGCUGUGGGCAGCAUCAGACCAAAACCUGGUCCCAUAGUCAACAUCGGAUCAGCCUUGGACUUUGUUCGGACCAAUAUGCUGCGAGCUGACAGGGGCAGCCGUUUGCAACGGGGGGUACCCCAGCUUUUACUGCUGAUGACCAGUAAAAAGUCCACUGACAGUGUGGAGGAACCUGCAAAUGCCUUGAAGAGAAUGGGCAUAUUGACAUUGGCUGUAGGCGCCAGGGCGGCUGAUGAGCAGGAGCUGAAAAAUAUCGCAUUUGCUGAGAGCAUUGUGUUUAUACUGAGGGAUUUCCGUAUGCUGCAGCGCAACCCUGGGGCAGUCAUUGAUGCCCUCACAACUCUUGCUGGGGUGGUGGUGCCAGAAGGACCCACAGAGCCAGUGGUGGAAAUAACAACUGUGCAGACUCAAAAAGUGGUUCGGGACAUUGUCUUCCUUGUGGAUGGCUCAAACUACAUUGGGAGUAACUUUCCUUAUGUGAGAGACUUCAUCAUCAAUGUGGUCAACCAGUUGGAUGUACGCCCUGACAGGGUCCAGAUUGGUCUCUUGCAGUUUGCUGAACGUCCAAGAAUUGAAUUUUAUCUGAACAGCUACAGCAACAGACAAGAUGUUGUGGAUAAAUUAACCCAGCUUAGGCUCACUGGAGGCUCGGCUUUAAAUACAGGAGCUGCUAUGAAUUAUGCCCUUUCCAACAUGUUCCAGCCAUCAACCGGAUCACGCAGGAGGCAAGGAGUCCAGCAGGUGUUGGUUCUGGUCACAGCUGGUCCCACACAGGAUGAAGUUAAAAGUGUAGCUGAUAAAUUGGCUUUGGCUGGUGUUUUGACCUUCACGGUCAGUUCUGGGCAAGCAGAUCCUGACCUCCUGAGAACAGUCGCCUUUGUCCCAGAUUUGGCCUACCAUGAUCAGACAUUCUCUAAUUUACCAGCUAUGGCUGAACAAAUCAUGCCAAAGUUGACAACAGUGGUUGGAGAUACCGAUGUGACAUCAGCAGUUUUCCCUGAGGAAGAAGUUGUUGUCACUGGAAAUGAAAGGGAUGUUGCCUUUCUCAUUGAUGGCUCUGAAAAUGUAAGAAGAGAUUUUUCCUAUGUCAAGGAUUUCAUCAUCAAAAUAAUCGAACCACUUGACGUUGGGAUUGACAAGGUGCGAGUCUCUGUGGUUCAACACAGUGAGAGGCCAACUCCAAGUUUCUACCUUAACUCAUACCAAACCAAAGAUGAGGUGAUUCGAGCUGUAAAUGGUAUGCAAGUUGUUGGUGGACGUAGCCUAAACACAGGAGCUGCUCUAACAUUCAUGAAGGACACCAUCUUGUCUGAAAACUAUGGCAGCCGGGCUUCGCAGAAUGUUCCUCAGUUCCUGAUCAUCUUGGCUGGAGGCAGGUCCAGGGACAAUGUGAAGGAUCCUGCAGGAGCACUAAAGACAGAGGGAGUCAUUCCGUUUGGUGUUGGUGUCAAGAAUGCAGAUCCAAAGCAGAUUGAGGCCAUUUCACACAAUCCCUCCUUUGCCUUCAACGUAAGGGAAUUCAGUGAGCUCAGCACGGUACCACAGAAGCUGAAUACCUACGUAAGCCUUCCAAAGGAGCAGCUGACCGUAGUUCUACAGCAAGCUGAGUCCCAGGGUCCCCGCAAGGAUGUUGUUUUCCUCAUUGAUGGAUCUGAUGGUGUUGGACGAGAAUUCCCUAUUAUCCAGGAGUUUAUCCGUAGAGUGGUUGAGAAUCUAAAUGUUGGGGAGAACAAGAUUCGCAUCGGCGUGGUCCAGUACGGGGACUAUGCUCAGGCUGACAUGUAUCUGAACACACACACGACCAAAGAGGGUGUUCUGAACGCCAUCAGGGGACUGAGGCAGCGUGGAGGGAGACAACGUAACUUGGGCCAGGGCUUACAGUUUGUUGGUCAGGAUGUCCUAACAGCGGCUCGUGGCAGCAGGAAGGAAGAAGGUGUACCACAGUUUCUAAUUGUCGUCUCCAGUGGACCUUCAACGGAUGACAUUGGUCGGCCAGCAGUUUCCCUCAAACAAUCAAGAGUUCUCCCCUUUAGCAUCGGCACCAGAGAUGUUUCCCCUACAGAGCUCAGAACGGUGUCAUACGUGCCUAACUUUGCCUACAGUGUAGAUGACCUCCCAGGCCUGUACACAGUCCAAGAAAACUUGAUCAACACCCUAACUGAGCUGUCAGAUGAGGAAAUCGCCAAGAUGCGUCCAGUGUUGACCUAUGACGUCAUCACACCAACACCAAGAGAGGGCGAAAAGAGGGAUGUUGUAUUUCUCAUUGACGGCACGACUGCUGUACGAAGCGAGUUCCCUGCUAUACGGGAAAUGAUAAGAAGAGUUGUGGAGAAGCUCGACGUAGGCAUUGAUAGGGUUCGUAUUUCAGUGGUACAGCACAGUGAAGAUCCAAAGAUAGAAUUCCGUUUGAAUGAUUACUCCACCAAGGAAGAGGUGCGCCAGGCCGUGAUGGGUCUCCGAAGCAAAGGUGGAAACCGUCUAAACACGGGCCGUGCUCUUGAAUAUGUGGGCAGAACUGUCUUCCAGAGGUCAGCUGGAAGCCGUAUUGAAGAUGGUGUGCCUCAGUUCCUCAUUGUAGUUACAGGGGGAAAAUCUACAGAUGAUGUUUCCACUGCAGCCGACCAACUGAAGAAAAGCCAGGUUGCACCAGUCGCCAUUGGAUCAAGAAAUGCAGACCCCACUGAACUGAGACAGAUUUCCCUGAAGCCUGAGCUUGUAUACACAGUGGACAACUUCCAGCAGCUUCCAGCAGUAGAAACACAACUUAUUGAUUCAGUCAAAACAAUGUCAACGGCUGAUAUAGUCAGUGGUUAUGUUCCUGCUCCUCCGGUAGUGGAUGUAGCCACCUUGGAUCUUGGAAAAAAGGACAUUAUCUUCCUUGUUGAUGGCUCACAGACCACGGGUGCUGAAGGCCUUGCUCAUAUCCGCGACUUCAUCCUCAACAUUGUCAGGCAGCUUGACGUCCGGCCUGAUCAAGUGCGCGUUGCUGUUGUCCAGUAUGCAGACAGAGUCAAAACUGAGUUCUCUCUCAACUCCCACAACAGCAAGUCAGCUGUUAUCUCUGCUGUCCAACGGCUUCGUCAGAUGGGUGGCCGGUCAUCAGAUUUGGCUGAUGCAAUUGAACAUGUCAUCCAGAAUGAAUUGAAGCCCUCAGCAGGUGUUCGUCUGGCUGACGCCUCCCAGCAUCUCGUUGUGCUCACAGGUGGACGUUCACCUCAGGAUGUUGCCAUCUAUGGACCUCUGCUUAAGGGCUCCCGAGUCAACUGUAUUGGUGUUGGCGCUGGUGGUGCUAACACUGAGCAGCUGAGGCAAAUUGCAACAACUUCAGAGGAUGUCCUUCCAGUCCGAUCGUUCCCAAGACUGCCAGAAAUCAAGGACAGGUUUAUUGCCAGAUUGAGAGGAAGUAUCCCUGUGGAAGUACCCACUGAACCAGAUCCUAGCCUGCCUGCUCCAAAAAAAGCAGACAUUGUGUUUUUGGUGGAUGGCUCAAUGAACUUAGGAAGAUCCAACUUCGCAGAAGUGAUGAGUUUUAUCACCAACCUGGUGGAUCUGUUCUUCACUGAAAGAGACGACCUGCAGAUUGGACUGGCUCAUUAUGCCACAGAUGUGACAGAUGCCUUCUACCUCAACACUUACAAAGACAGGCAAGACAUCAUGGACGCCAUUGGCCGAACAGAGUACAAAGGUGGACAAAGGCUUAACACCGGUGCAGCCAUUCGUCACACUCAAAAUGUGUUCUUCACCAAAGGAAAAGGCAGUAGAAUUGAUGAGGGUGUUCCUCAGAUCCUCAUGGUCAUCACUGGAGGGCGCUCAGCUGAUGAUGGCAAAACAGCAGCUCUUGGUCUGAAGAAGAAGGGAGUGAGGAUCUUUGCUGUUGGAGUAGGAGACACUGGUAAUGAAUUAGAAGAAAUGGCAAGCGAGUCUACCACUGUGGCUAGAGCAAGCACUUUCGGGGAACUUUCAGAACUCAAUGAGCAAAUCUUGGAAACCCUCGAUGAUGAAGUGAAGGGGAAGCUCUGUGUUGUUGUAGAUGAUACUCCAAAAGCCUGCAAUAUAGAGGUAUUGGUGGGCUUCGAUGUUUCUGGGCAGAACAUCUUCAGCACUCAGACCAAUCUCCAGAGCAAGAUGGGUGCUAUUCUGCAGAGAAUUUCCAAAAUGGCAGGGAUAAGUUGCUCAUCAGGGCAGAUUCCUUCUGUGCAAGUUGGCAUGCUGGCAAUGGGUGCUAAUUCUCAGCCGGUUCAACUGGACUUCACAAGCAAUGCUGAUGAGCUGUUUGAGGGCUUCAGAUCUCUGCGAAGUCAAGGCCCGUUUGUUCUCAACAGCCAGACAAUCACAGCCUACACCAACCGGUUCAAAGCCAGACAGGACAACGUUGUCAAGGUCAUCAUUCAUCUGACUGAUGGUCUAGAUGCUCCAUAUGCAGAAAUGAAAAGCCGAAUUAUGGAUCUCCAGCAGUCAGGAGUGAACAGUUUCAUCCUGGUCGGGCUGGAGCGGGUGCCCAACUUUGAGGAGGCUUUACUCUUGGAAUUUGGUCGUGGCUUCAGAUACACCCGACCUCUGCGAGUCAAUAUCAUGGACCUGGACUACGAGCUAGUGGAAGAACUGGACAACAUUGCAGAGAGGGAGUGCUGUGGAGUGCCAUGCAAAUGUACCGGUACCAGAGGGGACAGAGGAGCAGUUGGGCUUCCAGGGUCAAAGGGUGGUCCAGGAUUACCAGGAAGCCAAGGACAUCCAGGAGAUGAGGGUGGACCUGGAGAGAGAGGUCCUCCUGGUGUGAAUGGAACUCAGGGUUUCCAGGGAUGUCCUGGACCAAGAGGUCUUAAGGGGUCUCGUGGCUACUCAGGAGAAAAGGGUGAACUUGGAGAAAUCGGGCUUGAUGGAAUCAACGGAGAAGAGGGAAUAAGUGGAGUGGCUGGACCCUCAGGAGAAAGAGGAAAUCCAGGAGGAAGAGGUCCCAAAGGUCUUAAAGGGCAAGCAGGAGACAGUGGAGAUAUUGGCCUCAGAGGAGACCCUGGCACACGGGGACAAGAUAACAACAGUAGAGGACCUAAAGGAGACCCUGGAGAUGCAGGACCACCGGGAGAACCUGGUGAGGAUGGAAAGAAGGGAGGCCCUGGUGAAACUGGACGACGGGGCAAUGAUGGCAGAAGAGGCUCACCUGGACAGCCUGGACCUCCUGGCAAGCCAGGAGCAAUCGGUGUUCCAGGAGAGCCUGGUAUUGCGGGAUCUAGAGGCCCACCUGGACCAAAUGGUGUACCAGGAAACAAAGGAGAAGAUGGAAACCCUGGACCAAGGGGUCCUGGAGGUGCCCCAGGUCCUGCUGGAGAAAAAGGAAGACGAGGACCUCUUGGUCGAAAGGGAGAGCCAGGAGAUCCAGGACCUAAGGGUGUUGUUGGACCUCUUGGUCCCCGUGGAGAGCCGGGUGAGGAUGGACAAGAUGGCUACGGUGUUUUAGGUCCUAAAGGAAGAAAGGGUGAUGACGGCUUCCCAGGAUUCCCAGGACCAAAGGGAGCAGCCGGUGAGUCUGGCACCAAGGGUGGACCCGGACCCAGAGGAAACCGUGGACAGAGAGGUGUCUCUGGAGGUAUUGGUCCCGGUGGACAGAAGGGAGAGGUUGGAUAUUCUGGGCCUUACGGUCUGAAGGGACCAAGAGGGCCAGGUGUUGUGCAAUGCGACCUGGUCAGGAAAAUCAGAGACAACUGUCCUUGCUGUUUUGGCAAGCAGGAAUGCCCGCUGUACCCCACCGAGCUGGCUUUUGCCCUUGAUGUCUCUGAAAACAGUCGGGACUUCAACAACAUGCGUGACACAGUCCUGCGUCUGGUCAAAGACAUCACCAUCGCUGAGAGCAACUGUCCCAGAGGAGCUCGCGUUGCUUUGACCCUGUACAACAAUGAAGUGACCACUGAGAUUCGUUUUGCUGAUGCCAUGAAGAAAAAUGACCUGAUCCGUCACAUUGAAGGACUUCAGACCCUGCAGACAAAGAAGCAACGCAACCUGGAGUUGGCCAUGAGCUUUGUGGCGCAGAACACCUUCAAGAGAGUGCGCAGUGGUUUCCUCAUGAGGAAAGUGGCCAUCUUCUUUGUUGGUGGCAAAGUUGGACGGAAUAAGGCCGUUACUAAUGCUGCUCUCCGGCUCCACGAUGCUGGAAUCUCCACGUUGUUUUUGGUCAACAGUGCGGACAGAGAUCUCCGCGCGGCUCUGGAGGUCAACAACACCGCUCUGGCCCAGGUGAUUGUCCUUCCUGCUCCUAGAGAUUCACAGUAUGAGACAGCCCUCCAAAAGAUUAUGGACUGUCAAAUCUGCUAUGACUUCUGCUCUCCAAAGCCAACAUGUGGUUACAAUCCCCCACAAAGCAGCCGAGAUAGGCGGUCCUUCACCUCAGACAUCGACAUCGACAUGGCCUUCGUCCUGGACAGCUCUGAGUCUACAUACCCAGCAGUCUUCACAGAAAUCAAGCGCUACAUUGCUCGCAUGGUAGAGCAUCUAUACGUGUCCUCAAAUCCUGCUUCAUCUGCUCACCACGCCAGAGUGUCUGUGAUCCAGCAAGCUCCUUAUGAGUUCAUCUACAACAAAACUGGCUUACCCAUCCAGGUGGACAUUGGUUUGACAGAGCACAGUUCAUCUCAGGAUAUCAUCAACGCUCUGCUGGUGAAGACGCCACAGCUGGAGGGAGGCAGAGCUUUGGCAGCAGCUAUCGAAUCCACACUUGAGCAGGUGUUUGAGAAGGCUCCUCUCCAAAGGACCAAGAGAGUGCUGAUACUCUUUGUGACUGGACAUGUGGCGGAGGAAGAGGAGCGCCUGAUCCGUAUUGCUACUGAGCUCAAAUGCAGAGGCUACUUCCUGGUCAUCCUGGGUGUGGGUGAGAAGAUACGUGCUGAGGAUGCUCGUGUGUUGUCUCGUAUGGUCAGUGAGCCAUCAGAUGUCUUCUUUAAGCGGCUGGAGAGCAUUUCCCAGUUUUAUGACAGACACAUUCAGACCUUUGGCCAGUUGAUUCCAAAGUACAUCAGCAUUGAAAAUGCUUUCUACAUGUCCCCUGAAGUCUCCAAAAACUGCACUUGGUUCCAGGCUGACCAGCCACUGAAAAACCCUCCCACAGCUUCAAACCAAGAGGAGAAACGUCAGAAAAAUCAUGACAAGCACCAAACAGUUAAUCAAAAACGGCACCAUGAUGGUGAUGAGCUCCACGUCUUUAACGUCACCUCCAACAGCUUGAAAUUGCGAUGGAGCAGCCCAGAUCCAAAGCACUUUGUUUACUUCGAGGUAGCGGUGACACGCCUGCAGGAUCACACAUUGGCACUGAAGACCAACGUCUCCGGAACAGAGCUCUCCGUGGACAACUUGGAGAGUGCACAAACGUAUCACGCUGUGGUCACGGCGUACACUGCUGAGGGUCAAGUCGUCUCCACUCGCAAAGGCAUUUUCACCACCAAAGCAGCACCCAAAACAGAACAGAAACCAGUCAGCGAAGUCAUCAGUACUUUAAAUACAGCACCACUGGAGAAACCAGAAACAGUCAAUGAACUUGCAGGCCCAUGCUCACUUGACUUUGACCCUGGAAAUCCAUGCAAAGACUAUCAGGCUAAGUGGUUCUUUGACAGAAAGAGCGGGAUCUGUACACUGUUCUGGUAUGGAGGUUGUGGAGGCAAUGAGAAUAGGUUCGACACUGAGACCCUCUGCUUGAAAAACUGCAUGAGGUCAGUGCCUGAGCCUCAGCCAAACAUACAGCAGGAUGAACAAGUGGAGGUUAUCCCAGCUCCAGCUUCACUCAAAGCAGCGUCUCCAGCAGUGGACAUCUGUCAGCUUGCCAAAGAGGAGGGAACUUGUGCCAAAUUUGUCCUCAAGUGGCACUUCGAUGCCCCCAGCAAGAGCUGCGCGCGCUUCUGGUACGGAGGCUGCGGAGGAAACCAGAAUCGCUUCAACACGCAUGAGGAGUGUAUGAAGGCUUGUGGCAAACAGGCUGCCAUCCAGCGAAGAGGAGUCAUUGCAGCAAUAAGAACAUAGGACCAAAGUGGCACCCAUGGCCAGCUUUCGCCUCUGUUUAGGGGAUUCUGAGGAGAAAUAUCCAAAGAGGCCAUAAUUUAAGAAUGCAAUACCAAAGUGAUGGUGGCUGCACUGGAUUCCACUAAAAUGAACUGUAUCCCCAGAAUUCUUGAAGUAGUAUUUUUUCACAACAAGAAGGAAAGCAACACGAUUUGCUGCAUGAUUUGUUUUAACCUACUGGUGCUACAUAGUAUGUUUGUUUUACAGAUGAGUUGUACAUUAAGUCCAUGCAUCAUUUUCUGGAACAAUUCCAUGACAGAAGUUUCCUUAUUUUUGAAACACAGUUUUAUAAUGAAGCAAGUUUUAUAUAUGAAUAUCUUGGACAGAGAUUAUCACUACAUAAAUGCACACAGAACUGCCAUUACUCAGUAAUCUUUUUUUAUGUCUUUUUUUACAUUCCACAUUCACACAGUUUGAUUUAUACUCACUCCUUCCCUGUGGAAUCAUCACUUCAUGUUUUACAGUCACACAACACACAGAUAUGUUUGCACAAGCCUUAUAUGGUGAUGUGUGUAUUUAAAUGACAGUGACCAAAUGCUAAAUGAUUAAAAAAAAACAUUGAUGUUAUGUUAAGUGCACUUCUGGAUCCACUGCCUCAAACACUUAAGUUACAGCUGUUAAGAAGGGGAAUGUACUUGUCAAGCUGUUUUUUUAAAUUUUUGUUUUAUUUGGUUUGACUGAAAUCUGUGUUUCAUCUGGGUAUAGGGGAAAUAAAAAUGAAUUAGACUUUCUAAUAAA